CAAGUGAUUCACCUGCCUCAGCCUCCCAAAGUGCGGGAUUACAGGCUUGAGCCACCAUGCCUGGCCUUAUUCACUGUACUAUUUAGAAGUAAUCUUUUAUCAUCUUAUAUUUAUGUAACAUUUCUGAGCAUUAGUGUGUUGAAAGUCAGUGUUUCACUAGAAGGGCUCACAGGUCUCAGAAUUUAAUGUGCUUACAGCUAUGAUUUAUUAUAGUGAAGGGAAAUAAAGCAAAAUCAGCAAAAGGAAAAAGCAUAUUGGGUGAAAUCCAGAGGAAAUCAGGUAUAAACUUCUGAGUCCUCUCCCAGGGGAGUUACAUAGGACAUGCUUAAUUCCUCCAGCACCCAGCUGUGACCACAUAUACUCAGUGAUCAGAAUUUUUAUUGGAGGAUGGCCACGUAGGCACCUUGUAUAUAGGUACUCUUGGCUGGUAUGUAUCAGAAUUCUAAGAUUCACUGGAAGGAAAGCAGGCGUUCAGCAUGAGCCACAUUGUUUUUCAUAAACAGUAGGCACAGGGAGCCACUGUUAUCAGAGAAUGGUAGAAACCCUCCUGAAAUCCAAGUUCUAGAUGCCAGCCAAGGACCAACCUUGUAAGCACACCUUUGAAAAGAGUAGUCUUAGGCCUGUCAUGUUAGCUCUUUUUUGUAGUUUUUCUUGUAUGAUUAAAGAAAGUUAAUUCCUAUCCUAGAAUUAUUGUGCAGAUUAGAGAGAGAAUGUGAAGCUCCUAUCAUGGUUCCUGACUCUUAGUGAGUGCACAAUAAACAGUAUCUGCUAUAGCUGUCACAUGUGAGGUAUUGGAAUCUUAAGCUCUUUUAGAGUUACACUUGUGUGAAAAACCAGUUUACUAUAAGAAAGAAAUUAAAGGAAAAUCUAUGUACUGUUUCUCAAACAAGGCAAGAAAAGCUGUUUUUAUUUAUAUUAAAAUUAUAUUUCAAACAUUAUUUAGGUAGUGAACAUUUUAUGGCUUUUUGACCUUUAUUCUCUGAUUCUGUUAAAAGAUAGAUAAUAUAAGAAAUGAAGCCAACAGGUACAGACCCAAGGAUCUUAUCUAUAGCUGCUGAAGUUGCAAAAAGUCCUGAGCAGAAUGUCCCUGUUAUACUGUUGAAGUUAAAAGAAAUAAUAAACAGCACACCUUUAGGAAGCUCAGAGUUGAAGAAAAUCAAACAAGAUAUAUAUUGUUAUGAUCUCAUUCAAUAUUGCCUCUUGGUCCUCAGUCAAGACUGUUCUCGAAUCCAGGGUGGUUGGACUACCAUUUCCCAGCUUACACAGAUAUUAAGCCAUUGCUGUGUGGGAUUGGAGCCAGGAGAAGAUGCAGAGGAAUUUUACAAUGAAUUACUUCCAUCAGCUGCAGAAAAUUUUCUCAUUUUGGGGAGACAAUUACAAACAUGUUUUAUCAAUGCAGCUAAGGCUGAAGAAAAAGGUGAAUUACUACACUUUUUCCACAUUGUGACUGAUUCUCUCUUCUGGCUUGUGGGAGGCCAUAUUGAACUUAUUCAGAAUGUACUACAGAGUGAUCAUUUCUUACACUUACUGCAAGCUGACAAUGUCCAAAUAGGAUCUGCAGUCUUGAUGAUGCUACAGAAUAUACUACAGAUCAACAGUGGUGAUUUACUCAGAAUAGGAGGAAAAGCCCUGCAUUCCAUUUUAGAUGAAGUUAUUUUCAAGCUUUUUUCAACUUCUAGUCCAGUAAUGAGAAGUACUGCUACAAAACUCCUACUGUUGAUGGCUGAAUCCCAUCAGGAAAUUUUGAUUUUACUGAGACAAAGUGCCUGCUACAAAGGACUCAGACGUCUACUAAGUAAACAGGAAACUGGGACAGAAGUCAGUAAAGAACUUAGACAGCUUGUAAGCCUUUUAAGCCCAACGGUCUAUCAGGAAGUAGAAGAGCAGAAACUACAUCAAGCAGCAUGCUUGAUUCAAGCCUAUUGGAAGGGUUUUCAGACAAGAAAGAGAUUAAAGAAGCUUCCAUCUGCUGUGAUUGCUUUGCAGAGAAGUUUCAGAUCUAAACGAACAAAGAUGUUGCUGGAGAUAAACAGGAAGAAGGAAGAAGAGGACCUCAGAUUACGAUUGCAACUUCAAAGACAGAGAGCCAUGAGACUUUCCCGAGAAUUGCGGCUGAAUAUGCUGGAAAUAGUUCAUCCAGGUCAGGUGGAGAAACACAAUCGGGAAAUGGAAGAGAAAUCAGCAUUGAUUAUCCAGAAACAUUGGAGAGGGUACAGGGAAAGGAAAAAUUUUCGCCAACAGAGGCAGUCUCUCACAGAGUAUAAAGCAGCUGUCACACUUCAAAGAGCAGCGCUUAAAUUCCUAGCAAAGUGCCGUAAGAAAAAGAAACUAUUUGCUCCUUGGCGAGGACUCCAAGAACUCACUGAUGCACGCCGAGUUGAACUGAAGCAACAAGUAGAUGACUAUGUCAGAAGACAUUCGGGCUCUCCAAUGCCAGAUGUGGUCAGUAGGGAGCUCCAUGCCCAAGCUCAAGAACGACUGCAACACUAUUUUAUGGGCAGGGCCCUAGAAGAGCGAGCCCAGCAGCACAGAGAAGCUUUGAUGGCACAAAUCAGCACCAACAUUGAACAGCUAAUGAAGGCACCAAGUCUGAAGGAGGCAGAAGGGAAAGAACCUGAGCUCUUCCUAAGUAGAUCCAGGCCUGUGGCAACAAAGGCCAAGCAGGCCCAUCUCACUACCCUGAAGCACAUACAAGCACCCUGGUGGAAGAAGCUUGGGGAAGAAUCUGGAGAUGAGACUGAUGUUCUGAAGGAUGAGCUUAUUGUAGAAUUAGAAACUUUAUUCAUUGGCGGAACCAAACCGCCUUAGUGAAUUAUCCUAAGAAUGACACAAAUCUCGUAUUUUAGGAGAUUACAUUGGUUCUGCCUCUGACAUGCUGGUAGACUAGGGCCAUCGUAACUUAUUAUUUUCCAGAGGUUCUUCUCCAGACAAGACUUGCAAAGGGUUAUAUUCUACCUCUCUCUGAAUUUUCUUUUUCUUUUCUCUGUAUCCUCAUUCUUGGCCACACACACAGAUUUCUGUGAAUUUUAUUAUAGAACUAAACUAGCAUAGUGUUCUGUCGUUUACAUGAAGUAUGACUUUUCUUUUGUUUCUGCUGUUUUCCAAGUAAAGGGUUUUUUUUCUAACUAAAGAUUUUCAAUAAUUGAUUUGAAAAAUUUGUCGGGAUUAUUUCAACUUUUCAUAUUUAUUAUCUGAAAUUCCUAUUUCCUAUUAAUGUGCAGACUUUAUUAAUGUGAGGAAAAGAAAUGCUAAAUUGAGGGAAAUUUCCCUAUCUUCUAUAAAACAAUGGUUGAACUCAUUUUCUAUUUUGUUAUUUCUAAAAGGAACUACAUACAAAAAAUGCAUUCUUUCUAUUCAACUAUGAGAACUACAUGAUGUACUGUUUCCCUUUUUGUCCUUUCUCCUGGGAAUCUCAGAGCUAAAUAUAAUGUUUAAUUUUUGUUAUAAACCUAGGUACCUUUCUGAUUAUUUAUUCUAACCUAAUAAUUUUUAAUUUCCCUGUUUUCCUUUAAAUAUGUUUCAAUACCAGAAGCCACUUCAAUUUGUGUUUAAAACAAUAUGGAAUUUAAGUUAAAAUCAGUUAACAAAUCAUGCCUCCAUAUCAUAAAGAAUCUGGAAGAUACUCUUUGUAAAAAUGAGUGAAAAUACCAGUAUUUCUGGAUGUAAAUACCAAAUUGUAUAAUGUUGUACAAUCUCCAAAGUUAACUUUAGUAAAAUUCUAUUCAAAACUCCUAUAUUUGUAUAUAUAAUUGAAGAAGAAAUGUAGAAAAAUUAUGUGAGUGUUGCCCCCAAUUUAGCAAACAAAAUUCCAGAUAAUCUAGAACAAUAAUUUUUCUUCAGCCCAUUAGAUAGCUGAAGACUCAAACCAACCAUGUAAACUGGGAUAGGAUUCUAUAUCUGUGAAAUGAAGUAUUUCAUCUAUAUUAGAGCACAAGGGAAAAGUGGCUAGGUAAGAAGAAAU